AUGGCGAAGGGCACGAAACUGCCAAAGACGGAAGAGUUGUCGAAAAGCGCGACACCGGAUUGGGACGUGCAACCGGUAGAGGAGGUAGAACGGUCGAGAUUCGGAAGGAGGCUCAAGAAGAAGCGGUGGGCGGACGAGAGUCCUAAGCCAUAA